AUGAACAUCGUAUUGUUUUUGUCCACUGGAUAUGUAGAGGUCUUGAUGUUAUUUACUUUUUUCUAAGUGAAUUAUGUGUCAAUCCAAUAUUUCUAUCGUGUUAGAAGGAAUUCCUAGAAAGAGAAGUGAUUUUGCAAAGCAAAAUUUUAUAAGAGUUUCUAUAUUCUAAGUGAGAACUUAAGGCAGGCUUCCUCAACAGAUAAUGGUAUUAUAGAAAUAGGAUUAAAUUGCCAAUAUUAUAGUCUUAAUUAGUUUUAGCUAAAACUCAAAUCCAUUCACAAUCAAAUCAAAGCAAAUUUUACUAAAUCUUCAAAAGAAAGAAUUAGAAAGAAAAUUUUUUCUGAUGUUAAAUAAUUUUCCACUUUUUUCUGAAUUCUAAUAUAUUACUCUGAUAACAUACUAAUGA